AUGAGCGGCCCUGAGCCAUCAGCCGAGGAGCCCAGUGUGCCCACCUGGCCAGCGCAGCCCACCUACAGCAACUUGGGUGAGAUCCGUGCCCACCUGCAGCCCUCCAAGGCCGGCCGCCCCCGGACGUCUGGGUCCUUCUCGGCUGACCCACAGCCCCCACCCCUGCCCAAGAAGACGCUGACGAGAACCCAGUCCCUGCCCACCCACAGGCCCUCCGUUCCCAGCCCCACUCAUGCCAGGCCGCUUCGGAGGCCCCUCCUGACAUCACACAGCGUGGACAAGAGCCAGGAGGCCAGCGUCGAGGCCAGACCCGCUGCCACAGAGCUGACCUUCAGGACGGCGGACGCUGAGCUGGGCCACCUCUUCCACGACCUGCACAGCCCGGAGGCCGUGCACGCCUCACUCGCCGCCCGGCAGCUGGCCACCCUCGGCACUGUCCAUGCGCGGCUGCACGCCCGGCUCACGGGGGGCCGCCCUGGGCCCUGCCGCCCUGGCCACAGCUUCCGCCUCCUGGACAGCUCUCCCUACGUGGACAGCGGGGACGCCCUCUACUAUCGCGUGGUGCGGGUGGACGAGGACGCCUGGCACAUCCUGGCCGCCAAGGUGCCCAAGCCAGAAGCCGAGGCCCCCAGCGCGUGGGGCUUGGAGCUGCAGGCCUCGCUGCCCCCGCACUUCAAUCUCCAGGGCCUGUGUGGCUUGGUGCCCGAGCGCGCCCUGCCCGCAGCGCCCUGGUGGAGCCCCGUGACGCUGGUGGCUGAGGUCCCCGAGCGCACAGUGGCCCAGUGGUUGGCGGAGGCCGGCGCGCGGCAGUCCCCCGACUUCGCCCGGACCGCGGCCCUGCUCCUGGUGCAGCUGAGCGCGGCCCUGGAGCUCCUGGAGGCGCGCGGCGCGGCGCUGGCCCAGCUGCGGCCCGAGAACCUGCUGCUGGCGAUGCCGCGGGGCUGCGUGGCCACCGGGCUGCCGCGCCUGCUGCUCGCGGACUUCUGGCUGCGGGUGCGCCGCGCGCUGCUGACGCUGCACCUGGCGGAGCGGGCGGCGGGCGGCGAGGCGCCGGGCCUGGAGGACUGGCUGUGCUGUGAGUACCUGGCCGAGGCCUCGGAGAGCGCCCUGGCCGGCGCCCUGACGUUGCUGUGGAACUGA